AUGAGCAGGGACGUCGCUCCCGACAAUCCCAGUCUUCCACAAUCAGAGAGGGCGCUUCAGAAGAAAAUCGACAAAGACCAAAUUGACUUAUCAUUAUCGAGAAGUCAAUUCCAGGCAGCGUAUCUUGCGACUCUACUCAACCGAAACAUAAAUUGCCUCUUUCAAGAAAAAGUUGCUUGCAGCAUAAAAGACUUGCAGCCGACUGGAACGGAAAACUCUCAAACUCUCGACAACUUCAAUCGGCGAAAAUCAGAAGGCAAGAUUGAGCUCAGCGCAACGCAAAAUGGCUCGGCAUUUCGCCGCGUUCAACCCAAAAAUCGCGAUAACGAAAUGAACGAGAUCGCACCCCUCGUUCAGGAACAUCUUCUGGGUCCGCAUUUCAACCGGCUAAACGAUCUGAAGGAGCAGGAGUUGAAAGAGCUCACCCGUCAUCAUCCUUCGGACAGCUCGGUUCCUCAAAGUCCUAUUUCUUUUCCAACAGAAAGCCCGACUCCUGGCGAAAAUGCCUCACCGGUGCCGAAUUCUAGCAACAAAACCGACGACGAAAAACUCAAGAAUCAAGCUCUCUCGCCGCUGAAAUUAGACGAAGCUGUGUCUCGAAAGCAGUCCACCAGAAGCCCACUUCCUAUCAAAAAGAGACGUCUUCACCAAAGCCAAUCUUUCAUCCCUAGUUCACCAUCGAAGCCGUUGGAUGUUCUCACUAGACUACCGGUAUCUGACAGUAAAACCACUACUCCAUCGCAGAGUCCAGUGCCAAGUUCUUCCUCUUCGAUCAAGCCAAAAUCCGAAAGACCAAAAAAGAAUCUUGAACAUGAUAAUCUCGUCGCCGGCAGUUCUGGCACUUUCUGCCCCUCGCCCCUAACUCCCCAUCCCCACCGAAACGAAGACAUCCUCACAGAACUCGAAUUGGCAAAAACUCUUCUUUGCUUCAAACGUUCCGUUACUCCAGCCACUGUCGAGGCUGAUUCUUUUCUCUCCGGUUCUUCCUCCUCUUCCGCCGCUGCUUCUACCUCUGAAUCUGAAAUUUCAGUCUCGAAUUCGCGAAAGAGCAGCUCGCUCAAAAGAGAAACGAAAGGCCGGCUUCGACGAACCGCCUCCUCACUGUCGGGUUUCGACGAAAACGAACUUCAGCAAUUGGCGCCUUUUAUGGGACUUUCUGGAUCAGAGAAGUCUGAUUCUGAGAGCUCCUCGGACGAGUACGCCACAAAAGCAAGACUGGCCAAUGAGCCGAAGAAAAAGUACGGCUCCAGAAAGAGAAGCAAAAGAGAACCAGCUCCAAAGCCAAAACGAGCGGCGAAGAAGCAGGUCGAUUAUCAAGAGGACGAGUCGGUAAAAAUGGAGCCUGAAAUCAAGGAAGAGAAUCUUCCCGCCCAAAAAGUCGACAGUUCAAAAAAUCAGAUUGAUCAAAAAGUUCAAGCAAAAACGCCAUCUCGACCAAAGAAAUCCCUCGACAAUGUCCUCAUGGAUCUGAAAACGGCGCAAGAAAACGACGAAGCUCUCCGAAAAUUCUACGAGGCCGAUGUCGCCGUCUUCGAACCAAGUAGCGAAACCGAGAAGCCAAAAUCUUCGAAGCAAACUCCGCCCAAAUCAAAAUCAAACGCACCUGUAAAGAAAUCCCGAAAGCCCAGUAAACCACAGAAACUCGAAGCGACUUUCGCUCCUGAGAAAAAGAAAAACGAAGAAACUACGUCAAAAGGAGGACAAAAGGAGGGAAAGAAAGAGAAAUCAACUGACGAUGAGAAUAACUGGGUGCCCUCAGAAGAGACGAUUGUUGAUAAGAAUUCGUCUGCGGGGGAGAAUUAUCUCAUCGGAGAAACCGAUGAAUCGUGGAAUUCGGUAACUUGCUUCUGCGGCCUCCCAUUUGCCGGCCGCCCCAUGAUCGAAUGUGACAAUUGCAGUCUUUGGGUUCACAUGACUUGCGGAAAAGUACGAAAGAACUACGUCCCUGCCAAAUACAUCUGUCCACUUUGCAAGCCGCUAAAACGCAAUUCUAACUCUUCCUCUAAAAACACUAGAAAGCGACGUUGA